GAUUGGAGAGAAGCUGCAGCGCGAGCGUGAAUGAAGUUGGUGCAACUUGGGAGCAGAUUCAGUUGUGUGUGGAUGCGAUUGAAUGUCUGUGAAGACUGAUAAAUCCGGGGAUAAACACCACAUACAUGUACACACAGACAGGGCUGGCCUUGUGCCCAUAUUUGUUCUUUUUUCCCCUCCCUCUCGAAAUUUUGUAAGAGAUGGGGGAGGAUCCCCCUGUCAUUCCCAGCCGGUGUCAGCUGUUUACCCCAUGAAGAGAUUGAAAUGCGUGUUUGCGGAGAAUGACGGCGGAGGGGGGAAAUAUAUUAUCGUCCUAUGUAUUUGUGACGUGUGCAUUUUAAAAGAAAACUGUAAAUUGAUAAGGCCUCCGUCUCACUCUUCGCUUCUGCCAUCAUCGUCAUUUUACAGGGCUCAAUGGAAAUGUCAAGGAAAGUUGCGUAUUUCGCUGUCACCUCCAAGGCUCCGGGCUGUUCUGACAACUCUAUCAGGCUUCGAAUCUAGUUUUGCACCCUCCCCUAUUGUCACACGAUUUCCUCUUUGAAGUGUUGACUCUGCAAGCUGCUUACAGGAACGAUGUCCAAGGUAUUAAAAAAGAAAAGUCAUUGGACGAGUAAAGUCCAUGAAACUGUGAUAUGUAGAGAUAAGGACGGGGAACUGAAUGUGGAGAUCAAAGGUGGCGCAGAGAAUGGUUUGUUUUCGUAUCUGGGAGAAAUGAAACACAACAAAAUUAACUACCAGGAUGGAAAACUGCAUACUGAUGAGUUAUUAUUGGAAGUCAAUGACACAGCAGUGUCAGGGCUCACUAUUAGAGAUGUACUGGCUGUGAUCAAGCAUUGUAAGGACCCAAUUCGUUUGAAGUGUGUCAAACAAGGCGGAUCCUUCAAAAUAGCAAAUAACGUGCUGUUAUGCUACCAGUGACAUUUUUAAGUAUGUGGAAAUGGCUAUAAAAAGGUACAAAUGCAGGAAGAUUGAGAUUGCAUUGUAU